GCAUCCUCUUACUCUUAGCGAUGCAUCGGCCCCUUUCACUGUUAAUCCAGCCGAGUUGUGCCUCUAUGCAUUGCUGUACUUCUGCAAUCUGAUGAAUUCCCAGCGGAUGUCAGGACACAUAACAUUUUGAAGCAGCGACUUUAUACUCUUUGGAUUUACAGUCAGUGGGAGCUUCACAUCAGAGCCUCUGGUUCAGAGGUGGGACUCAGAUCCACGGGACUCGUGGAACGAACGAUGAAGUCCCAACCAGGCACGGCGACGAUGCUGCUGCCCAUCGCUCUCUGCCUCAGCUUGGUCCCUGUGUGUUUCGGAGCUGCACUUCCUAUUUCAUGUGGGUCCAUCUACAAGAGUUUUGCUCAGUGUUUACUCACACUUGGAGACAGUUUGGUGGAAACACAAAAAGACCAGAGCACACAGGACAUUGAUGCAAUCUGCAGGUCCUGGAAUGCGUUCCACGUUUGUGCCAACUCAGCUCUGGCCGGCUGUCCUGGAGAAGCAGCAGCUGUCUGGGAGUCUCUAAGGCAAGAAUCCAGAAAGACGCAGUUUUCUGGAAACCUCUACGACAUGUGUGCCAGCCGCAGCACCCUCCCACCCAGCACUGUGCCUGCACCCCAGAGCCCUCCCACCUCCGACCAGACCAACCAGGAAACGCUGAAAGGGCAAACAUACAAGCACAGCCCCACCCUCACCACACUGUUGUUCCCUGUAUUCAGCACCCUACUACUUCUGCUCAGGAGUUAGUUAACCAGUCUAAGUCUUUUAUUCAGAGUGAUGACAGCUGGCCAUCAGAGUCCUGCUCCCCCUACGAUCCAAACCCGUGAGGGUAAACACUCUUCACAAGUCAGGCUCAUCAUGAUCACAUAUCAAUCCUAAAAUAAGGAUUUCAAUAACUGGAUCAAAAUGAAACAUUUGAUUCAGGGUUUCUUACAUGGACAAGGUUGUGCAUCUAUUUAGGUAUUAAAUAAAUAUCAAUACAUUCAGAUUAAGACGGUGUAGUCCCUCAUUCGUCCAGGAGUGUUCUAUCGUAGAAAAGGUUUCAGUCGUAGUCAUCUGGACACUGUUUUCAGAAUCAACAUUCAGAUUAUCACACGUCUUUCUCUUAGAAAGAAGGUGACCAAAAAGUUGCUUUCAUUCUGACAUAAAUAUUUAAAUUAGGCAUACUAGUAGCUGAUCAACUGUGUUACUUAAGAUACGUGUUUAAUUGAUUUGCGAUUAAAUUCACAUCAUGUGAUAUUGCUUGGUCAAUCUUUUAUAGUUUGAAGUGACAAACAGUUAAUGUAGGGAGAGAAGAACAACACCCUCCACUCGGCUGCCAGAAAAAGUCUCAGUUAUCAGCUAAUAUUUGUUGUAAACACUUUAUUUUGUAUCACUACUGCAGUACAUCAGUAAUACCACAUCAUUUUUAGGACAAAAGAGAUUUCAAGGGACAUUGUAAUGCCAGGUGUUCAGAUCUGCUCGUUAUCCAAUCAGGUGUGAUCCAGAGGAGAGUGUUAUCACAGGGUGCACAACAGUGUUUGUGCAGUAAUUCAUCACCCUGUAUGACUGGUUUAACGUCAGAAAAUUAGAUUUCUGUGUGGAAGCAUUCUUUGCAGUGUGUGCAUGAUGCUGCUAAAUGUUAUCACUUGUUUAAAACUGUGUCAUUUCAUGUGACCCCUUUUAAUGGUUUUCCAGUCCUUUUUUUGAGCAGUUUUAUGCUGCUUUUUCUAUUCUGAACUGCUGCAUACAGUGAAGUUUCACUUUAAGCAAUUGAAUAACUUCAUGCAUCCCCUGUGUAGCAGUUAAAAAGGACACAUAACAGAGCACACACAUCUCAAUUAAACUCAUAGGGCAAAAUAAUAAUAAACACAUAAUUACAAAGUACUAAAUAGCAUAAAGUGCAAAGUACAACAAGCAGAUUCUAAGUAUGUAAGCCUGUGGUGGGAAGAGGGAGUGAGAAGGGUUCAUCCUCAUAACAUUAACAGUUUCUGUAAUGUUAUUUAAUGUUAUAUAACUUUUCUUUGAUACUGAGCGAGCUCUGUUAUGCAAUCACACUCUGCAUUUUAUUGAUUAGUUUUCACAUUGCCAAUGUAUUUACUGUAUUAUUUUCUGGUUUUGUUUUUGGUUAUUUGCAUUAUUCUGUUUUUUCACAGCAGUAGAGAGUGCUCCAUGCCUCUUUGUUUCACUUUGACUUUUAACCCAACAAAAACUUAAAUUAAAGGUAUGCUGACGUACACAA